GGCGCAGCUUUGACUGUCACGUGAGUCGUCUCGUGACAACAGGAAGAAGGGAUGUCAACAGUGUGAGGAUGCUGCUGCUGCUUUGACACUUUUUUACUCUUCAUUUUUCAUUUGCAGAGAGCAAAAGCCAACAAUGACUUCUUUUAUAAAAGAAACACAAAGCAUAAAAGAAGCUGUAUCGUUCAUCAACGCAAUUGAUGUGAACAAGUUCUCCAGGCUGAUCUCCCGCAUCAUACAAAAGCUUCAUCUGAAGGGAGAGCGGACAUUCAGUGAAGAGGAGGAAGAAAAACUCCAGGCUGCUCUCUCAUUGGAUAAACAGGCUCUCCAUCUGGUCCUGGAAACUUCUGCCUUUAUACUUGAGCAGGCAGUGUAUCAUAAUGUGAAGCCGGCCUCUCUGCAGCAACAGCUAGAGGCGGUGCAUCUAAACCCAGACAAGGCGGAGGCGUUCUCUCAAACAUGGGCCGCAGCUGGACCUGAGCUGGUGGAGAAACUUAAGCACAGUACCUUCGCCCCAAAGAAGCUGGAGUAUGUCGGCUGGCAGUUGAACCUGCAGAUGGCCCAGUCCAGCCAAGCCAGGCUGAAGUCUCCCAGCGCUGUCCUCCAACUGGGACUUCGCAAUGAAGAAUCUGAGGUUCAAGAAGAUGUCUUUGUGGAUUUUAACCACCAGGAGCUGGUUGACUUCUACAAUAAGCUUGAAAUCGUGCAAGGCCAGUUGGAUUCCUUGACUUGAUGCCUGAUGCUCUCUCGUAGACACACACACACACACACACACACACACACACACACACACACACACACACACACACACACACACACACACACACACACACACACACACACACACACACACACACACACACACACACACACACACACACACACUCAGUGUUUUUGCUGACAGGUAUGCCAGCUGUUAGAGGCCUAGCAAUUCCAAUUUAUGGUCUGAUUUAUUUAAGAUGUCAAACGUUGAAGGAAGGCGUUUGUUUCCCCUAUGAGCUUCUUUCAUUCCAGGUUUGUGCUCUUAAUUUAAAGAGGCCAUUGAUAUUAAUCUGCCUGUACUUGGAAUUUGUAUGUCUUCAUCAAGGAGAUGAAGGGAAAAUUACCCAUGUCAAUACAAAGUAUACUGCAACACAUUUCUUUGUAACUUGUCUAUAUCCAGCCAGGAUUUACUAACUUAAUUGCCCUUAAAAAUAGUCACAAUGAGAUUUAUAAAAAUAUGUCAAUAGUCAAUGAUUUCACCAUUAGAAAACAGGCAGUUAAAAAGAAAGUGCAUUUUAUUGUGAGUAAUAACAAAUGGAUUUUGUAACUAUGCAUAGGAAGUAAUGCUGAUGCUAUUCUAAUAAAAUGUGGGGAGGUGAAAUUCUUCCAAGCUGUU